UUAAGAUACAGAAUAUAACUCGGUCAUUGAAAAACAAACACACCGUUUUACAUUCAAUUUGCACGCAGACACAAUUAUAGUACAAAACUAUACACCGCGAUGAGUAUGGGUAAAAAUUAGAUAUAGAAUUAGUUUAAGAACUGAUGUAAAAGAAUAAAGAAUGCGUGCAUCUCAAGCUUUAGGUGCUGGCGACUGCAAUAUAAAACAAAGUAAUAUUUGAACAGCAAACAGAAAAAGGCUAUUUGAAUAAAAUAACACAUUUAGCUAAGAGUCCAGGCUCCCGUGUAAUCUUUUUCGAGCAAAGCUGAGUGGAAGAGUGCGUUGGGUGACGUCAUAAUGCCUUGUGUCACGAUAAUGGCGACGCUGAUUGGCUGGAGGCGGCUUAGCGGUACUUCAAAGGCGAGAGGCGCUACAAUUGUGGUUGAAUGGGCGGAACUGAUCAUUGUAUUGCACACCUCUAAAAAAAGUGCUCUGAUUUAUAAAUAAUAAAAAAGAGAUCCUCUGAGGAGGGCAGUUGUUUGUGAUGGCAACUUCACUUCUGGGGGAAGAACCGAGGCUAGGAUCAACUCCUCUGGCAAUGUUGGCUGCUACAUGUAAUAAAAUCGGCAGCCCGAGCCCGUCUCCCUCUCUGUCCGACAACGCGUCCUUUGGAAAAGGAUUCCAUCCCUGGAAAAGAACAGCUUCCAGUUGCAACAACAGCUCCAGCCUUUCCGGCUUUGGGGUGUCGGGCUCCAGGAACGGGGCAGGACUGUCAGAUUCAUUCAGUGUCAACUGCUCGUCGGGGAGCAGUGCCUUCUCGCUCACCUCCAACACCUCGUCCACAUCGCCCUUCGGGAACGAGUACUCCGUCUUUCAGUCUCCCGUCUCCAGCAGCUCUCAGGAAGCUGCCCAACCGGUUUUCAUCUCCAAAGUUCAUACCACAGUGGACAGUCUCCAGAACAGUUUACAAGGCAUCUACCCCAGGGUUGGGAUGGCACAUCCGUACGAAUCCUGGUUCAAACCGUCCCAUCCCGGGAUAGCUGGGGAUGUGGGGAGCGGAGCAUCGACUUGGUGGGAUGUGCACCCGGGAACAGCGGGUUGGAUUGACGUUCAGAACCCCAACGGGGCCUUACAAUCCUCCUUACACUCCAGCGGGCUUCAGUCUUCGCUCCAUUCCCCUCUGGGCGGCUACAACUCGGACUAUUCUGGUCUCAGUCAUUCGGCCUUCAGUACAGCCGGCAUCAACGGAGCAUCUUCCCAUCUCCUGAGCAGCAGCCAACACCUGAUCACCCAGGAUGGCUUCAAGCCCGUUUUACCACCCUCUUACCAGGACUCGGCCCCUUCGCCACUGGCCGCCAACUCCAUGCUGGGCAGCCCGGCCACCCUCGGUGGAUCUCCGCGCUCCUCGGCCAGACGUUACUCGGGACGGGCCACCUGCGACUGUCCCAACUGUCAGGAGGCUGAGCGCCUAGGACCGGCCGGGGCCAGUCUGCGAAGGAAAGGCCUGCACAGCUGCCACAUCCCGGGCUGCGGCAAGGUCUACGGCAAGACCUCGCACCUGAAAGCCCACCUGCGCUGGCACACGGGCGAGAGACCAUUCGUUUGCAACUGGCUCUUCUGCGGCAAGCGCUUCACCCGCUCGGACGAGCUGCAGCGCCACCUCCGCACCCACACUGGCGAGAAGAGGUUCGCCUGCCCCGUCUGCAACAAGCGGUUCAUGAGGAGCGACCACCUGAGCAAACACGUCAAGACACACCAGGCCACCGGGGUUGGGGGCGGCGCGGCGGCCGGUUCGGCCGGCGGGGGCAGUGGCAGCAAGAAAGACAGCGACACCGACAGUGAGCAUAGUGUCCCCGGCACCCCGCGCUGUCACUCCCCGGAGCUGUUGCAGGCGGCAGCGCAGGGCGGCUCGGCAGCCGCCCUCAACGGUCACAACAAUGGUCUUGAGUGAGAGCACUUGGAAGAACCGGCCACCAAACAAAAGUAUGCAUAAAACUUAAAAAGAAAUUCACGUGUAAGUAGAACAAAGAGGGAGCUUAAAGAAAUAAUCAAGAAUUCACCAAAACCUGCUUUGCUAACGUAGACCGGAUAGUUCAGGACAAAAAAAAAAGAAACCUGUUUAAAUCUCACCAGGUCCCAGGCCCAACAUUAUGUGAUUUAUUUGCCCAGGUAGAAACACCUUAUGUGUUUGCUACUUACCUGAUAUGUACUGCUAGUCCAAUUCAACCCGUUGCAAUAGCCUGAAGGACUUUCUUUUUCAUCAGCUGAAAACAUUUUUUAAAGAUCCCCCCCCCCGAAAUCCAAUAAUUUUCUUUGAUCGGUUGGGUUGCACAAUGUUUGAGCUCUUAAAGACGACUGUACAUAUUUAUCACCUCGAUAAUCUCUCGCUUCCCCCCCCCCCCAAUUCUAUGUUAACCGUGAAUCUUAGUUCCUGUGGGUGGAAAUAUUUCCCCAAAUUGUCAACAUAUUUCAAGUAUCAAAGGCACAACAUUAAGAUACCCAUGCAUAUAUUUUUGUCCCGAACUACCCAAAGAAGCUCCAAUACUUGUAGCCACGACUGGAAACUCUGCUUUUCCGGAAAUUGAUUUGUAUGUAUAGUAUUUUUUCUCCUGUAAAUCCUUCGACAAGUAUUUGAACAUAUACAUUAAGAUACUUAUUAUUUUCGUUGUCAAAUAAUGUGGCAGACUGAUUUCAAUCACAAUCGACGCGCUGUGUAGUGAAAAUGAAAGGAAUAACAACUUUGUAAAAUAUCUGCAAAGCUUUGUAUAACUGGGAACAUGAUUAAGAAUAGUUAAUUAUGAAAUAAUCGCUCCACCAGUAUCUCGGUGCGAGGUGUUAUUUGUCCAGGAGACGAUUUUGUACAGUAUUUUCGUGUAAAUUCUUCCAAAAAAAAUAUUUGAACAUAUAUAAGGGUAAAUCUAAGGGGUUUUUUUUUGGUUGUCAAGAAAAUAAUUGUGAGAUGUUGCUGGAGGAUACAUUGCGAUUUUCUGAAUUAAUAUAUCUUAAGGUGUAUCCAGGACGCACUUUGAGAAGAUUUUUUUUUCUUUUUCUGUUGGAUUAUGAAAAAAUAACACCUUAAAGAAUGAAGCAGAGGAUGUAUGGUAAAUGUUGAAUGGCUUUUUUUUUAUUUUAUUUAAUGGAGCAUGUAUCUACUUAUUUGCAUAUACCGGCAGUCAGAUAGUUUAAAGCAAAUUUCGCAUUUAUUUCCUAACAAGUGGGUAUGCAGCAAACCCCAAAAUAUAGAAUAAAUCCUGGACUAGAUCUGAUCUGUUGUCUGCGUGUAUUUGAUUUAUUUUAAAAUAUUUAAACUUUCAUAUAAACUGGAGACAGUCUAUAAUCUCUGAUCAAACUCUUUAUGAAAACAGACUUGUAAAAAUACGUAUAGGCGCACUUACUAAAAUAGCCCAGCAUUAUAAACCAUACGAAAAAGGCAAGAUUACUAUGAUUUUCUGAAUUCUGUCGUGUUCUGUGCACUUUUGAAGUGCUCAUUUUUCUCCUUUCGGGGGACAGCAUGUUCCUAGGCUGUAUUUAAUACAUUUUCUUUGUACGUCGAUGCAGACAUGGAAUUAAUUGUAUCUGAACUGUGCAUACCGAAAUAAAGUAAUAUAUGAGUAGCAACCAUCAACGAUCAGACGCUGUUUGAGAUACAAUUUUACGAAAGAUCCUUCAUGUUUUUUUUGGGCAUAACACAAGCCAGCGUUUCCAAACACCUACUCGUACGUCUUGGACCACAUUAUCUCUAGUGAUAUACAUAGCCUUCCCUUUAAGGUAAUCGUGCAUUGCUGCAGUUGAAUGCAUAUAAAAUAUUGCUUUACAAUAUCUAACUUUGAUAAUACAGACAAAGUGGUAGGAGGUAAUAUUUCUAACUAGCUAUGAGAGAGGUCCUGCCAUUUAAAAAAAAAUGAUUUCCCCUUGUUUAUGUAAAUUCUAAAGUUACAGGCUUAGUUUGACCCCACGAUAAAUAUUGCAUCGUCGAAAUAAAUAAUUAAAAAAAGAAUUAGCAGAACAACUGUUCCAAAUUACUUUGAUAUUCCACUUAAAGCUACGCAUUUUCCCGCUAACAGUUAGGUUUGCUUUACAAACCAUCUUUUACUUUUAAAUUGCUCUAGGCAUUGUGUGCAUUAACAGGAGGCAUUUGUAUGUUAAAGGAUUUAGGAGCAAUCUCAAGUGACCAGGCUGCAUCACACCCAUUGAUAUCAAAGGGUUCCUGUUAAUUUUUAUUUAUGUAUGUGGAAGCGUUCAAAGGCAUGGGAUUUCGCUGAAACAGAUCGGGGACGUUAUCUGAAUAUCGUUAACUCCGGUUGUAAAAGUUUCAAAGAGCUUUUCCCAGGCAUUACAAUACUUAUUGUGCUGUUUAGAUAAAGCUGCUGUCUUAGUAAUUAUCAAUUAACUAGUAGCAAUGGCAUUUGGUCUUUGGAGGCACAGUUAUAGCCAUUGUAUCCUGUCACGACAAAUUAAGGAAAUUUACAGAAAACUCUCAAAUACAAGUUAUAUAUUCGAUGGGGGUGUAUCUAAAUUUCGUUCCUAAUUACACCUGUGUUUCUAAUUCUGUGAUCGUAAAGUUGCACUGUCCAGGCCAACCGUGUAAGUCAGUAUUCAAAUACAUUAUGUUUGUAAAAUCAACGUUUUCACCCGUCUGUAUUUAUGCAUGCGGUUAAUUGCGGUAAGAGCAACGAUAACAAUAAAUAUAUAUUUCACCAUUUUGUCUUUUGUUUCCAUUUCGGAGCCCUACUGUGAAGCAGUCAAUUGGCAGGUCGUGUUCUAAACAAUUAUCGCUGUAUGGCAAUCUUUAUGGUGUCUGCAAUUAUUGCUCUACCUUUCCCGUUGUUUCAAUUUUUGUCGGAGUAUAAAA